GUGGAAGCUGCCAAUGGGCCCGGAGGACACUGUCCCAGCCUGGGCACAGCCAUCAUUCGUUAAUCCACAGCACUGGAAUGUCUGCGGGCCAAUCAGGGGGUCUCCAAGGGCUCCCCAAGGGCUGUAAUAAUCCUGCAAUGAUUAGCAGAGGCCACAGGGUCAGUGCACACUGCUGGCCCAGCCUGACUCCUGGGGUUUGUGAAUAGCUCCAUCCAGCCUGGGAAGCGAGCUGGACAGAGCUGGACGGCUGAGCCAGGCCGCACCGGGGAUACCAACAGGCCCAUGCUGCUGUCAGAGCCCACUGCUGGGAUGGGGGGCUGCCGGCCUGGCCUCCUGCCCAUGCUUCUGGCUCUCCUCGGCAUCGCCUGGGCAGAGAUGCAGUCACUCCAGCUGCGGGAAGAGCAGGCUCCGAUGCCUGGAGCCCUGAGCAGGAAGGAGAGUUUCCUGCUCCUCUCCCUGCACAACCGCCUGCGCAGCCGGGUCCACCCCCCUGCAGCCAACAUGCAGAGAAUGGACUGGAGCGAGAGCCUGGCCCAGUGGGCUCAGGCCAGGGCGGCCCUCUGUGGUGCCCCGGCCGCAAGCCCAGUGUCUGCCUCUGGGGCCACCCCGCAAUUAGGCUGGAACGUGCAGCUGCUGCCUGUGGGCUCGGCAUCCUUCAUCCACGUGGUGGGCUUGUGGUUCUCAGAGGGGCAGCAGUACAGCCACGCGGCAGCAGAGUGUGACCCCAAUGCCACCUGCACACACUACACUCAGCUCGUGUGGGCCACCUCGAGCCAGCUGGGCUGUGGGCGGCAUCCCUGCUCUGGGGCUCAGGCUGAGCUGGAAGCCUUUGUCUGUGCCUACUCUCCCGGAGGCAACUGGGAGGUAAAUGGGAAGACAAUCGUCCCCUACAAGAAGGGCGCCUGGUGUUCACUCUGCACAGCCAGCGUCCCGGGCUGCUUCAAAGCCUGGGACCACGCGGGCGGGCUCUGUGAGGUCCCCAGGAACCCAUGUCGCAUGAGCUGCCGGAACCAUGGUCAUCUCAACGUCAGCACCUGUCACUGCCACUGUCCCCCUGGCUACACGGGCAGAUACUGCCAAGUGCGGUGCAGCGUGCAGUGUGUGCACGGCCGGUUCCGGGAGGAGGAGUGCUCCUGCAUCUGUGAUGUUGGCUACGGGGGAGCCCAGUGUGCCACCAAGGUGCACUUUCCCUUCCACACCUGUGACCUGAGGAUUGAUGGAGACUGCUUCAUGGUGUCUUCGGAGGCAGACACCUAUUAUGGAGCCAAGAUGAAAUGCCAGGGAAAGGGCGGGGUGCUAGCCCAGAUUGAGAGCCAGAAAGUGCAGGACAUCCUCGCCUUCUACCUGGGCCGCCUGGAGACCACCAACGAGGUGACCGACAGUGACUUUGAGACCAGGAACUUCUGGAUCGGGCUCACCUACAAGACCACUAAGGACUCCUUCCGCUGGACCACUGGGGAGCACCAGUCCUUCACCAGUUUUGCCUUUGGGCAGCCUGACAACCAGGGGUUUGGCAACUGCGUGGAGCUGCAGGCCUCGGCCGCCUUCAACUGGAACGACCAACGCUGUAAAACCCGAAAUCGUUACAUCUGCCAGUUUGCUCAGGAGCACAUUUCCCGGUGGGACCCGGGGCCCUGAGGGUCGACCAGACAUCUCCCCUGCCAGACCCUGCUUGCUUGUCUGCCCACCUUUCUGGAACAAGGGCCAGUCCAGGACUACAAGCCCAACAUCCAAAGAGUCUUAGAUCUUACAGGAAGUGGGGCAGGGGGUACAAGUGAGGCCAAUAGGGAGCCUGGCACAGGGAGAGGGGAGCCUGGGGCCGCUCAGCCUGCUGUUGAUUGGGAAGAUGGGCCUCAAUUAGGUGCCAAGGCAGAAGCCAGGGCCAGUCGUCAGAAAGGACCAGUCUCCUCCAUCUGGGCCGGACCCUCUGUGGCAGACGGAGGUUCCUUGCUGCCCAGGAUGCACCCCACAAGGGAUUAAACUAAGUUAUGAAUCAGCCA